AUUCCAUAUAAAAGGAAAUAACGAUAGAAAAACUAUUUAGUUUGUAAAAACGUGAAUGAGAAACAUGCUGAAGCUUGUCGUGCUCGUGUGUUGCGCUGUUGCAGCAUGCCAAGGAUUUGAAAUAGGAACAAGAAAUGUUAUAGAAAACAGCUACUAUGUCUACACACGGACUAAUCCUCAGUCUCCCGUAUCAGUACUACCCACAGCAGCAUCUAUUACUGCCGCCACCACCCCGAUAGAUUCCAAUUGGCCUACAGUUAUUUUAAUCCACGGACAAAGUGGAAGCGUGUUCACUUCUCUGAACCCAGUUGUUAAAGAUGCGAUAUUAAGUUUAGGAGAACAUAACGUAAUAGUGGUCGACUGGUCCCAAUACGCCAGCCUCGGUUACGCAACAGCAUCAACAGUUGUGCCUCAAGUGGCCGAACAUUUGGUUCUCUUUGUGGAAGAACUCAUUGCUGCUACGGCCACAUUAACUCCACCCAUUACUAGAAAUGAUAUUCACAUAGUUGGCUUUGAUCUCGGUGCCCAUGUUGCUGGUCAUGCUGGCAGACUUUUAACUACACAGCCACCGAAUAUCCAACAGGUUGCUAGAAUAACGGGAUUAGAUCCAUCAGGAAAUGGUUGGGGACUUAAUUCCGGGCGUUUAGGAGUAACAGACGCUCGCUACGUCGAAGUUAUUCAUACAGAUGGCAGUGGUAUUUUUGCAAACGGAAUUGGAGUCUCUCUUGGCAAUAUUGAUUUCUUUGCCAAUGGUGGAAGCAACCAACCAGGUUGCUUUUCUAAUUCGUGCUCUCACGAACGUGCCUAUGAGCUUUUUGCUGCGUCAAUGAUAAAUCCUAAGCUAGUGGGAUACCCAUGCACCUCGACAACGCAAUUGAAUCUCAAUAGAUGCAAUGGCCUGCCAGUCAGACUGGGCACUAACGAGCUGUACAAAUUCGGGUCUGGAAUGUAUAGAGCAAACACCAAAAGAAGUUUUCCGUUUUGAGGUGUAAUCAAUUCGAUAACUCGUCACGGUAUCUGUUUAUCGUGAUGUUUUUUUUUUCAAGUUAAAAUAAUAAGUCUUUAAAAUUAAAAGUAUUUUAAAUAAAAA